AUGUUUUUUUCAACGCAAAACAUCCUCACUGGGGCUGCCGUGCCAGUAACUCUCGUGGCAACACUCUUCUACAAGUCAUCUCCUACAAACAAUACAAAGUUCACUUUCCCCGAUCCAACUUAUUGGCCCACAUCCCCAUCUAAACGUCCUGACAUCCUCGACAUCUUCAUCUCCAAUGUACCAAACGGUCUCUACCAACACACCGAAAAUUUUAAUUUCCUUCUUUCUGAUCAUUCAGCUGUCCUCACCAUAAACGCUUCACUGCCAUUUCAAUCGCUCAAACCCUCACUAACAAACAAAAACACUGACUGGAAUUCAUUUUGGUCACAACUUUCUAAUGAUUCUAACCUAAACAUAAAACUUAAAUCUCCGGAAGACAUUGAAGACGCUAUUACCAAAUUAAAUCAAUUGAUACAAAGAGCCGCGUGGAACUCUUCCCCAAUAUCACAACCCUCCCCUCCCUCUUUCAUAAAUAUUCCAACUCAUAUAUGUCAUGUAAUUAGCGAAAAACGCCAUGCUAGAACUCAAUGA